AUUGGCAUCGUUCAUCUACACAGGACAAUGAGAUGGGAAUUUGGACGGAGUGAUUUUACGGUUCCUAGUUUUACUUGCUUUGUAAUUUAGCCUACGAACAAUUAUCGGUAAAGCUUCGAGCGUUGUCACUACGUACGGGUUUUGUGUUUAUUUGCAUCAACCAUGUUUUGAUAUCUAUAUACUGCUUUUACAAAUAAAUUGACAAUUAACGAGGAAAAACGGACUUUCACAAUUUAUUCUCGGAUUGCUUGACAUUUAACCAUCGGAAAAGCUGAACUGUUUGAGAAGAUAACCUGCUGGAUGAACAGUUUUAUAAGCUUUAAUUGUUGUGCUUAUACCGUUAUAACUGGAUACAAUCAUUUUUCCUUCGUAUCUUCUUAAGUGACAGACAUGAAGUGAAGGUAUUCUAAUAAGACAAUUCUAAUGUAUGAAUAGCGCGUGGAAGCGAAUCGGUCCUAAAGCACGUCACCUGCACGGUGUGGUCGCUCACAGGAACUGCUUGGUCAACAGCAAAAGGAUUGGGGAUUUUGGAGUUACAGUGAUCCACGUGGAACGGGAAUCCUAAGUGGACGCUUAAUCAUGGGCUGUUGCAGUGGCCGGUGUACACUGGCCUUUAUAUGCGGCAUGCAGCUGAUUAGCAUAUUGGAGCGACAGAUCUUCGACUUUCUGGGUUACCAGUGGGCUCCAAUCCUUACCAACUUUGUUCAUGUCAUCAUGGUUAUCCUGGGCCUCUUUGGCACUGUGCAGUUCAGACCGAGAUACGUUACAGGGUAUGCGGUUUGGUUGGUCCUGUGGGUCACCUGGAACGUCUUUAUCAUCUGCUUCUACCUGGAGGUGGGCGACCUUUCCAAGGACCAGGACCUGAUCAUGACCUUCAACAUCUCCAUGCACCGGUCCUGGUGGAUGGAGAACGGCCCCGGGUGCAGGGUGACCCCGGUGACUCCCCCUCCGUCCUGGGCCCCUGAGGACCACCGCUACAUUAGCAUCUCCGGCUGCCUGCUGGAGUACCAGUACGUGGAGGUCGCUCACAGCUCCCUGCAGAUCCUUCUGGCGCUUGCUGGGUUCAUCUAUGCCUGUUAUGUGGUGAAGCUCAUUUCAGAGGAAGAGGACAGCUUCGAUUUUAUAGGAGGGUUUGACUCCUACGGUUAUCAAGGGCCACAGAAGACGUCGCACCUCCAGCUGCAGCCGAUGUACAUGUCAAAGUGACAAGGACACCUGCCUUAAGAACACAUCCAAUAGACAACUUUUGUUUUUUUUCUUCUUUCUUAAAUGUCUUAAAAUUAUACAGUGUCUUACAAACUGACUGAAAAGAAGAAAACAAUGUUUGACAGUUGAACCUCAAAGAUUGAAACAAUCACACCGGCCUUUUCCUUUGUCUCUGCCCGGCAACACCACACAGGCUCGGGAGAGGCCUUUUCCGGGGGGAGGGUUGUGAGCAGACGCGAGACCGCCACCCUGUGGCCACGUACUCCUGAUGCUCCUCAGACCUCCGCUCUGGCUUUCUCUCUCGCCGAGGCAGAGCGACCGGGACAUCAAGGCUGCGAGCGACAUCGAUCCCGAUCGACUUUUCCCAAAGAGAUCGAGAUUCUGGACAAAAAGGAACCGUUGGAAUAGUGCCAUGUACUGACGGCUCUCGGUGGCCGCCGGCUGUCAGCUCUCGCCGAUUAACACGAUUAGAAAUUCUCUCCGCUAAAGGAAUGUUCAUUAACUCCUCAAUACAACUUUAGUCAUAAUAAUGCAGUAGUAGCUCUAGCUCCCUUAAAAAAAACUGUCUAGUGUCCAUGAGAAAUUGUUAGCACGGUGUCCCACGUGCUAAUGUGCUGCCAUCCUUCGCAUUUGCAACAGAGCAGCCGUCUAACCUUGGGCCGUCAGGAAGUAAAAAGAAAAAAAAGGUUGAUCACUUGAAAAAGGGAGGAGAAUUGCUUUUCCUUUCCUGAGGUUGUAUUUGUCCUGAAAGUGCCAAGAACAAUGACAGAAAACGGUCUUUUGAAAACAGUGGAUGUUUCCCAUAGAGAUUAUAUUUAUUUAUUUAUUUUCUCUGAAGUACAGCAGUGGUUUUUCACAGAAAGCCUUUGUGUAUUUUUAAGUUGGCUACUCUUUCACUGAUUGGGCUCUAACAUCCUUUCAGAGUCAGUAUGGGAUAUGAUGAUGAACUCUGUUUGCACGCGGUGUAAAAUCUAUGGCCUGUUUAACUACUGAAAGCAUUAGUUUACCAGAGAUCUCCAAAAAGGCAGAUGCAACCGCGGUCCCGGAAAAAGACCGCCAUCGCUCCCUGCUUUUGUAAGACAGCACUGAGAGUUUCGUCAAACGACAAAAAGAAAUGUAACUUAUUUACAUUUAAGCCGUUUUUAAUGUGUAACAGUGUUUACUCUUUUUAUAGUUCAUAAUUUAUUAUGUUGUGUAAGUGGGCCUUUCGUUCUUCUAACUGUACAAAGGGAAGGAAGACGUGGGUAACGGUGACGCGCGGAUAGCGUGACGUUGCGAGGGGGCAGGGGUAUGUGGUAGAGUUUGUGCUGUGACUGAGAAUAUUGUGCUUCAUGUAGUGGGCAGCACAGAACCCUGAAUCCCGCCCAAACAGAUUCUGUGCUUACGUAGCGACACUGGGUGUUUCUUAUACUCACGAUAGAAGUGGGUCUCAAAGUCGACAUCAUUCCAUCUUUGACUUUAAAAAUCGAAGAUUUCCCAUUAAUGUCUUUAAUUCCUGGCAUCGUGUGAAAGAAAUAAAGCAUUAGGUGUACAUUAGCUAUUCUGGAAAUGAGUGGGGUGGACAAGCCAACCUCCUCUUUAUAAUGUAAAACUGCAGCUUUGUUCUUAUUCCUGACGUCACCUCUCCACUCUCCUCUAGUCAGUCUUAAAUGAUACAUCGAAGCUUAAAAGGAUCUUCUCGACCCACAGAAAGUUUGCCGUGUGAUUAGAUGUGUCUCCAGCCGAUUUGUGCUAUUAACAAUGGUGAGUAGGGUCUAAGGCAUAAUACAGAAAAUCACUCCCUCCACUGAAUUUCUCCAUCUAUAAUUUAAAUGGUUCAUUAAAAAUGCAUACAUUCGCCGUGCAUAAAUCUCUCAUUUGAUGUACUAGACUGCUAAGCCUUGUAAUUGUGGGCCCAGUAAGUGUGUGCUUGCAAAAUUUGUCUGGAUAAGUAGAGAUUCUCUACAGUGUGAUUGUUAAUGGCUUGAGGAAUGAGGUCUAUUUUUGAAAGACACCGAAUGCUUUUACACACAGUUGUUAACAUUCCAAACUGAGAGAAAUAGGUGCUUAUCCUGGCUGUGGGACUGAACUCUCAAUCAGAAAGUGUAAUAGAGGGGUCAACCUGUGUAAUCGAUAUAAUCUGUGUACAGUGAACCAGGGGGUAAAGCUUCUACCCCUAAAGACAACAGUGACCAGUGCAUUCUGGGACUUUUAAAGCAGUAUUGAACCCAGGGCAUACCGCAUAAUAACUGCGCUGAACGUGGCUAAGACAAAAUAGCUAUUUAGCCAGCUCAAACUGGGAUAAGAAUAUCAGACACGGUUCAUAGGCCUACUGUGUGAAUUCCACCUAAUUCCAGGCUUGAAACAGUGUACCUACUAUAUUGGAAUUAACAGUGUCUAAUGUCUUUCUCAAUUUCAGAUUCUACACUCAAAUUAUUAAUGUUUUGGUUGUACUAGAAGCUAUAUGAUCGCAAUUAAAGAAUGAAACGAGGGAUAUCUGUAUUGGUAGUUAGCUACACGGACUUAAUUUGUGACUGAACUUAACAAUGCUGUUGCUGUAAUUGACCCGUCCUCGGCCUGCUAUUAAGCUAUUUCUCUCUGAUGUGUGCUCCUUGCCUCCGAUAAUGCGCUCUCGCUCCGUCCUAGAACGCACCUUGGGGGUCUCAGACACACGCUAUAAUUUCAAAGGUCCUUGUUAGCAGCUGAGAAGGGAGAAAUACCCACAGAUAUGCUGCGCUACUCACAAAAUGGAUACCGCGCCACGCGACCCCGUGUCAAAGGCAAUAAAAAGCACUGAGUCACACGUACGCUAGCGCCAACAUAAUGUUCCUGCAGUUUGGCCUGUAGGCUGAAUCACUGCCCUUCAUUGUAGUAGUCAUAUAACGUAGGCAAUGGUUCUGAAGCAAAAUCAUUCAGUAGAAUCCCAGGCAGUAUUGCAUGAGGCUUCUGCAGAGGUAGGUCUCCUGGAUUAACAUUUGAAGUCACUGUUACUGUGUUUCCGACACCUUCAAUCUCAAAGCUGAUGCCAGGUUGUAAAUAAGUCGAUAUGAACUCUUAACAGGUUCUGAUAUUUUGUGAUAUAUACAAGAUGUUGUUUGGAUCCAAAUUUCCAAUUAGGCUUUUUUUAAUGGAAUACAGUGCACUAUUAAUCAUUUCAACAUUAUUGACAGCUUUGUUAUAUGCUAUUGCAGGCACCAUUCUUUCUAGAAGCAUCCGUUAAGAAAUACAGCAGUUGUUUAACCUGGGUUCAGUGCUGACUUCUACUUUCAACUAGUUUUAGCUGUUUUCUAUUUCUGUUUUUAAAACAACUGUAAAUAUAAUAAACUCAAGACUGUGGAAAAAACAAA